CGACACCUUGUGGUAAAUCGGCUUUUCCAUAUCAAUUGCAGGACCUGGUUCUGAAUACCAUACUUUGUUAUCAGGGAAGAACAUCAUAGCAGCGGGUUUGUUCCACCUUAACAGCAUCCCUACUUCACACUGCUGUGUUUUGCGUCUGAAAGCUGCCAUCCAGAGCUCCGCGGUUUCUCCUCCGCCUGCCGAGAAGAGCCAAUACCACGUUCCCUCCUCCUCCGGUCCACCUCGGAGCAGAAUGCGCUGAGCUCCCCUCCGUCUGUAGAAGGAUGAUUUCCGUCGUCUCCACUGUGGAGAGCAUACCCAGAAGUACGGGCACCCCAGCGCCGAGCUUUUACCAGCGGAUCAGGAAGGUGUUAACCAGGGACCUGUUGGUGACCCUGGCCCUGGGUCAGGUCCUGUCCUUGUUAAUCUGUGCUAUCAGUCUGAUCAGCAAGUACCUGGCUAAUGACUUCCACGCUAACACACCAGUGUUCCAGAGCUUUCUCAACUACAUCCUGCUGUUUCUUGUCUACACAACCACACUGGCGGUCAGGCAAGGUGAAGGAAAUUUGCUGGCCAUUUUGAAGCAGCGCUGGUGGAAAUAUAUGAUUCUGGGUUUCAUAGACAUCGAGGCCAACUACUUGGCUCUUAAGGCUUACCAGCACACUACACUCUCCAGUGUACAGCUGUUAGACUGUUUUGUCAUCCCAGUGGUCCUGCUGCUUUCCUGGUUCUUUCUCUUGGUGAGGUACAAAGCUGUUCACUUUGUUGGGGUAGGACUGUGUCUUCUGGGUAUCGGGUGCAUGGUAGGAGCUGACAUCCUACUUGGUCGGCAGCAAGGAUUUGGAGAGCAGAAACUGUUUGGGGAUCUUUUGGUUCUGGGAGGAGCAACCCUGUACGGGAUCUCCAACGUCUGCGAGGAGUUCAUCGUGAAGAACCUGAGCCGUGUGGAGUUCCUUGGCAUGAUGGGACUCUUUGGAUCCUUCUUCAGCGGCAUCCAGCUAGCCAUCAUGGAGCACAAGGAGCUACUGAAGGUACCUUGGGACUGGCAGAUAGGUCUUCUCUAUGUUGGUUUCAGUGCCUUCAUGUUCAUCCUGUACAGCUUCAUGCCAGUGGUGGUGAAGAGGACGAGUGCCACCUCAGUCAAUCUCUCUCUGCUUACAGCUGACCUAUACAGCCUCUUCUGUGGUCUCUUUCUCUUUCACUACAAGUUCUCGGGGCUCUAUCUGCUAUCUUUCUUUGUCAUUAUCUUGGGCCUGAUCCUUUACUCCUCCUCAUCUACCUAUGUGGCCCAGGAUCCACGAGUGUACAAGCAAUUCAGGAACACGGGUAGCCAGCCAGCUACAAACCCACCCCAACUCAGCCCUGGAGUCCUGGAGCCCUCCGUCACCUUCACCAACCUGGGCACUGAGUUAGGAGAUGAGCAACCUGUACGUGUAGCCUAAAUUCAUCUGGGGAGGAGUCAGCCUUGUGGAUCAGCCCUCAUUUGUAUACAAAGAAACAGUGCUGACUGAGCAGGGUAGCUGCAUGAUCACCCAGUAAGGUACAGAUUUUCAUUUUAUGGCCUGUGUGGAGGGACAGAAUCUCCACCUGAUCAGUGUCCAAGUUAAGACUAAUUCUUUUAUCCAAAUAUGUACCCGAUAAAUGAAUAACCAUAAUGUAAUGAAAUCAAAUUACAAACCAAGUAAAAACUGUUGAUUUCACUGUGAUCAAAGACUGUGAAUAGACAGUAGUAUUUAUAAAUUACCCUAUGUAAAUAGAUGGUAUUGUAAUCAUUUAAUCUCCUGCUUUCUUUUAUAUCUUUCAAGAAUGUUUGCACAUAAUACCUGUGCAUAUGCUUUGCUAAGUUGUAUUAAUUUCAUUUCUGAUUGAAGUUUACAAUGUUUCUAAAUCCACCUGCUCAAAUUCAAGGACAGUCAGUAAUAAACAAAGUGGAGUCAGUGAAUACAUACAGUAUGCAGUAGUGGCUGGUGUGGGGAUUACAAUCUUUCACACAAUUUAACAAAUUUAGUACACUUUGUUGCCAAGUUACUACCAACUAAAGUUACUGAAGUGUUUUCUGCUCUGUACUUUGUCACAUGUUGGAUAUUUUGUAGGCUGGUAUGUAAUGCAUUUGAUAAUUUUUACACCUAAAAUGCAUUCCAUACUUAUUCUCCAGAAUAUUAUUGUGACAGUAUGACAAAUGGUUUAAAACAGCAUUUAGGAAAUUAAUAUGAAAAACAUAAUAAUAAUAAUAAUAAUAAUAAUAAACUUCAAGACUAUUUUAGUGUCUGGUCAGGUGGUGGGGUAGGGCACUGGGAGAAUCAGGACCUCUGCAUUUCUGUAAUAAUGGCUCCUACCCUGUGUUGGUUCUUCCUGUGUAACCCACCUAUAAGGUAAGGGCCCUGAGUUCAAUUAACUCACAGUAACUAUAACUGACGAAUCUGAAAUCUGUAAUAAACCUCUCUACAUUAUAUACAUUAUACAUUAUUUUUCCCCAUCUCUCCUUCUUUCACCAAGUUACGCCCUUUCCCCGCUUCCUUUUUUUCCCUUCUUUCCCUGGGUGUCACUACCUUUACCAAUGGAUGACCAAUAAUAAUAUUUUACACACAACACUUCCUUGAACCUUCGAAAUAACAUGAAAUAAAUCACCAUAAAGUUUUUAACCAUAUUUAUCUAUGAAAUCAACUUAUUUAUAGUAACUAUUGCUCAAAAGCAAACAAACUUUCUAACUAUAAUACAUAGUAUUUUUAUCCAGGUUACACCUGCAUAGAAAAUCUACAAACGCUUAAAAGACAUUCAAAGAUGGGUGCUGAGUAUUUGUUAUUAGAUGGUAUUUACAGAUAGGUUUGUUCGAUUUGAUUCUUCUUACACUGGGAAAAGGUGAUCCAGCUGUAGUCACAUUUUUUACACAUUAUAUUACCCAUCUUUCAGAAUGCACAAGCAAGAAUUAUAGCUUGUGCCAAACUAAGACACUACAGUGUAUUAUUAUUAUUAUUAUUGUUGUUGUUGUUGUUGCUGUAUAGUGAUUUUAGUCUAACGCUAGAGAGAGUUAAAGAUUAUGCUGUGGAGAAAGCUGGAAACAUAUUCAAACUUAAAUCAGAUCACUUUUAAAUUAUGAGUCAAUUGUGGAUGAAUUCAGCAUCUGUGAUGCUGUUUAUUCUCAACUGUUUAUGACACACCUUUGACAAAUGUUCUAAUACAUGCCUCUGAUUGGCUUCUUUUCCAUGUCAAUAGUGGCAACGCUCAUGGGUAAUGUAGUGUUUAGACCCAUAUUUUGUGCUUAAAUGACAGCACAAACUUGACAUAAUUAAAACUGGCAGAUGUAAAUGUAUAGGAUCAUUACAUAAUCCAAGAGAAUUCCAUGUUAAUUUAAAGAUUGUUUAAAGAAAAAAUUGCAAUGGAAAUACAGAAAGGAAAAAAAUGCUCCCAAUACCAGUGUUCUCUCCAACUAAGAACCUCUAUGAGAGCACCACUGCCUAGUAAAAACACAUAUCCUAAAAAUUCCACACCUUCAGUGCAGGCUUUUUAAUUGGUCUUUUUUAAUUGUGGUGAUGUCACUUUGAUGUUAUUUUGUGGCCUUGACAAAACUCCUCCAGAGGCACAGAAGACAUACUGUACAACUGUUUUCAUAGGAUGUGUAUAUCUAACCAUGACAAAGAAUAGCUGGAAAUGAGAAUUUAUUGGGCAGAAUUUAUGACUUUUGAUCAAAUUACAGUUUUAUACUCAUGACAUUUUAUACUCAUGACAGUGACAUGAGUUGGAGUUUUUACAUGUUGCUGUCUGUCAGACGUUUUUUAUUCAACAUUACCCAUAUCAAAACAAACUAACAAAACUGGAUACAGUUUUGCUGUUUUGUCAGCUGGGAAGAAGAAUAGAUGUAGAAACCUCAGGAACACAACAGAGGAGCGAUGCCUCUUCUAGGAUGGACAGACAUGCAGUAGAUGUUGUAUUUACAGAAUAAAUCAACAAAAUUGAUUUACAGUAAACAUACACUACCAGUCAAUAUUUUUGACAUUUUUUUCCAUUGUAUUACAUGGGAAAGUGUGUUCAAACCUUUGACUGGUAGUGUAAUAGAUUUGCAGUCGUUUGGACAAUCAGGAUGACACCAUGUUACAUGUAUUGUAACAUACGUAUAUGAAUAACACUGUUGCUUCCAAUAGACCUGACCCACAUGACCUCUCCUCCAGACACAGGUCUGGUAGGAGGAUAGAUUGCACAACCAUACAAAUAGGGACAACUCAAACACAUCAUUCACACAUACAGGGGAAAGCAACCAGCACACAUUAGAGGGAAUAGACAGGACAAAGGGAACAAGCAAAUGAACAGCAAAGUAAUAAAUGAUGGGGAUAAGGACAAAAAUGAGGCCAGGACUCCUGAAGUACAAGGAUCCAGAUCCUGAAAUCUGAACAGGCAUCCACAGCCACAGGAAAGAGAGGUCCCAAUAUGGCUGAUGGUCCAGGUCAGAAAGCUUGAGUGACAGAGAAGACAAGGAGGAGAGAAGAGAGCAACACACACACAGUUUGAAUUGCUUGCUGUAAUUUGGUCAACUUUUCUGGAUUUAGUUAAAAUUCUACAGCAUUCUAAACCAUUUGAAGACUUUUAGUACAAGUAUGUGGCAGGCCUGAGAACAAAGUAAUCAUGUAGCAAUCUAGUCUGAAUGAGACAAGCAUCUUGCUUGCUAGAUGCUUGUGUCAUCUAGCAGCAUCAAUUAUUUGCUUUUAUAGACACAUACUGUAUAGCUGAGUAUCAUCAGCAUAGCAGUGGAGAUAAAUUCCAUGACUGUGUAUAAUUUGGCCAAAAGGUGAAAUAUAAAAAGAGAAGAGCAGAGGGCCAAGAACAGAUUCAAGAUUCAACAUUUCUUUCUUUUUCAUCUCUAUGUAUGUGUGUACAUAAAAAUGAAAUGGUGUUUCUCCCAGUAUGAUAAAAACAAUAACAAUAAAUAACUAUAGCAAAAAAAUAUACAUAGAAAAACAUACCAUGUGUAACAGAAUAGCAGCGCAUCGUAGUGUUGGAGUGCAGAACAGCGUCAAUUUAUUUUGUAAAGUGCAGUCUAACCGAACAGUCCAAUGUUUGUAGAGUGCGGUUAUACCCAUUAACAAUUCAGCUAUUUGGUUUCAAGUGUCAGUGGACUUGGAGGAACUGUGGGUGUGUUGUGGGAAAGUCGGAGAGGGCACAGUCCAUUGAUGAUUCUGAACUUGUGGAAAAAAGCCGUUCAGCAUCCUGCUGGAUCUGGUACCUAUGCUUCUGUACUUCCUACCUGAAGGCAGAAGGGAAAACAGACAGCAACAUGGAUUAUGAGGGUCUCUAAUGAUCUUGGUAGCUCUGCUGAUGAAACAUUUCCUCCAGAAAGGGAAGCGAGGAACCAGUGAUCCUACUGGCUGUUUUCACUAUCCAGUGAAGUUGGUGGCAUUCAGAUGCCCUGCUAUUACCAAGACAGGAAGUGAGGCCACAGAUGAGGAUGCUUUCAGUGGUGCCCUUAUAGAAGGUGGUGACGUGUAUGAUAGGGAGGCCUGCCUUUUUGAGUCUGCGGGGCAGGUGGAGUUGCUGUUGAGCUUUCUUCAUAAUGGCCGAGGUGUUGGUGGUGAAGGUCAUGUUGUCCGCCAGGUGCACACCCAAGAACUUCACAACGCUGCCCUUCUCCACAGUGAUGCCAUUGAUGGUCAGUGGCACGUGAUAAUGAUGCCCGCUAUCCAUUCUAAACUCAAUCACCAACUCCUUGGCUUUUCCCACAUUCAGAAAGAGGUUGUGGGAUCUACAACACUCAGAAAAUUGCUCUACCUCCUGUCUAUCAGCAGAUUCAUUGUUGUUUAUAACGAGACCCACCACUGUCAUAUCACAAACUUAAUGAUGUAGUCAGGGUUGAAUCUGGCAGUGGAGUCAUGAGUAAGCAGAGUAAACAGGGGGCUCAGGACACAGCCUUGGGGUGAACCGGUGCUCACUGAGAUUGUUCCUGAUCUGUGGCUGCUAACCCUAACUGUCUGCUGCCUCGGUGUCAGGAAGAACCCAGUUACAGGUGGCAGAAUCCACAUCCAGAAACCUCACCUUCUCCCCCAGCUGCUGUGGAAUUAUGGUAUUGACCACCAGCUGAAGUUGAUGAAGAGAAGCCUGGCAUUGGUGUUCUCCCUCUCCAGGUGUGACAGUGUCAGGUGCAGUGUGGUCAAGAUAGCAUCCUCUGUGGACCGGUUGGCUCUGUAUGUAAACUAUAGAGAAUAUAAGUUUGCAGGCCUUGAUGUGCUUCAUGAAAAGCUGCUUGAAGCAUUUCAUUACUAUGGGUUUAAGAGCCACAGGGUGGAAGUCAUUCAUUCAGGCUGGGUUUGACUUCUUAUGCACAAAAAUGGUGGUGGCACUUUUGAAGCAUGUAGGAAUAAACUUCCUGGCUGAGAGAGGUGUUAAAAGUGUCCGCAAAAACAUCUUGCAGCUGUUCUGCACAGUCUUUCAAAAUGCGCCCAAGGAAGUUGUCUAGCCCCACAGCUUUGCAUGGGAUGAUGCUAGCAACUUACCCCCAACCCAGAAGGAGCAGUCCAUCAUUUUCGGGCAGAGUGCCAUGACCUCAAACUUGGAGGUGCUCUCUCUCAUGUCCACAAGCGCCUUGUGUCUUUAUUAUCCAUGAAGUAGCCAUUAUGUUUCUGUCUCUAGUGUCUCUUUGCCUCUCUAAUGCCCUGAGUCAGGUUUCUCCUAACAUGUCUGUAUGCUGCUGUGUCCCCAGAUUUGAGAGCCCUGAGGUACUCUGCAUUUCACAUUGGAAAAUACUGAUAUUGUAUUUUUUUUUUCUAAUUAAAACACACUUUCUCUCAGAUAAGUAUGAAUUUAACCACAUGAGGGCCAGGCCAGAGUUGCCAAAUUUGUUUUCCAGUCUGUCUACAGUGAUACAGUGACUGCAACCUGUAAAACAUGCUCUGCCUGAAUAUGGCCUUACCACCUAAAUGCAACGGGAGCCUUCUAAAAUCUUGUCUGGUUCUUAAUACCCACUGUGCCCACCACUACACUGAUGAGAAACACAAUAUUGUUGAUUAAACGAAGAAAUUGUGCGUGAUGCCUAAAAUCAUUAUUUAGCCUAAAGUGUUACUUGCCGGUUCAUAUUUUAGUUCAAACUCUGUUGAAACUUCAGGUUGGAAGCAGUAUAUUUUCGUAUUAUUCUAGAGGAGAAAUGCCAGUUUUUGAAUGGACUGAAGAUAAAGCUCUGUGGUUGUUUGGGUUGGUUCUGUAGCCAUUUUCAUGAUUUUCCUCUUUUCACUAACUUUUGUAUCCUGUUUGUCAUAGUGUAUUGGAGUUGCUGUCAACAAUUUGCUUACAAUGUUGUUACUUAUAGUAUAAUAAAGUA